GAACCACGUACGUACGUGGCGAGCCGCAGAGCCGGCUCGGUGCGGAUGUGCGCUGCGCGCAAGCCGGAUGGUGGAAGCGACAGGAAGGGGAGGUCCGGCUACGUGUGUGCGUGUGGGUAGUGGGGCGGUGCAUGGCAACGCAACGCUUGCGCGUAACGGUAUGAGGCGUCGGAGCCAAGCCAAAGCCACCCCUCCUCGUUCGUGCCGAGGCCGUUGCGCCCGCACCCGAUCGCGACCUCCAGCCCGCCCCGAAACAACGAGCACAAACUCCGUGGCCGCGUAACGGACCCUUCCUUUCGCCACUCGUUUCAAAAACCUCAUUAGCCGCUGGCUCUUCAGGUCUGCGUCCAUCUACAUGCGCCUGCUUCCGAAUCGUUGCAAGUUCCAUCGAUCAGUUGCCGCUACAGACAUGCCGGCCGUCAAGUCGGAGUCUCCGGCGAGCUGCUUGCCGGAGCUCCCACGCAUCCGCACCACUCGCCCUGCUGCGGCCUCGUCCAAGGUAAUAGCAAGAGCCAAGGCGCACGGCGAUAGGAAGGCGAAAGCAGAGGACGAUCGGGAGAAGCGGCACAAGAGUGGUAGGGGGGCGUGUGAUGAGUCGGCGGCGUGUGGGAGCUCACCGGAGCUGGAGAAGAGGAGGUGCUCCUGGAUCACGGCCAACUCUGAACCCCUCUACGUUGCAUUCCAUGAUGAAGAAUGGGGAGCUCCGGUGCACAAUGACCGUAAGCUGUUUGAGCUGCUUACCUUAUCACAAGCCUUAGCUGAGCUCUCCUGGCCUGUAAUUUUGAGCAAGAGGGGGGAAUUCAGGGAGAUGAUUGAUGCUUUCUACAAUGCAUCCGUCUGUGACCUCAAGGGCAAGAAGAUAAACCAGUUGUCCAAGUCAAACGGAAGGACGUUGCUGUCAGAGCAAAAGCUGCGAGCUGUGGUCGCAAACGCCAAGCAGAUUCAAAAGGUAGUCCGUGAAUUCGGAUCGUUCGACAACUACUGCUGGAGCUUCGUGAACCACAGGCCCAUCACAAACGGCUACCGCCACGCUCGCCAAGUGCCCACCAAGACGCCCAAAUCUGAGGCUAUGAGCAAGGACCUGAUGCGGCGAGGGUUCCAGUGCGUCGGCCCCACGACGGUCUACUCCUUCAUGCAGGUCGCCGGGAUCGUAAACGACCACCUGCGGUGCUGCUUCAGGUUUGAUCAGGUUCGCAGCCAGCCCAAGGAUGCCGAGGAGAACAUGAGAGCCGAGAUAAGAUUGAGCUCACACGAUUCAGAGGAUUCAGAGAUCAGCGAGGUGUAGUUAGCCUCUGAAACUUGCCUUGCUUUGUACGUAUGAUACGAUUCUUUAUCUUGUAUAGGUGUGCUCAUCUUGUGUUUACCUUCGUCAGACAUGGCAGUUGGUUUGGCUGUGCAUUUUGUGGCGUGACUGGUGUCAGCUCACUUGUAGUGUACGUACAUUACAGGUUGUAAAAAAUGGUGAAACAGGGUGCAUGGUCAAGGUGUGAUUU